UCUUUUCUCUGAGCCACUCAUAAACCGGUUCUCCAUCCCUGGUGCGUAUCCAGUGCGGACAAAGCAGCAGCUUUGCAGCAGUAUUCCUGCGGCUGUCAACCCUUCUCAGGUCUCCCCAGCUCCCAGCGGGGCCGGUGGCGCCGGCUGGCCCAGGAUCCCAGGGCCCUCCCGCUGGGCAGCCUUGCCGAGGGGCGGGGCCGAGCCCGAGGCCAGGAAAUGCCCAGGAGUGUAUGUCACCUGCCCUGACAACUUGUUGAUUCCCAGGAACGCAGCUUCUCUGGUGAGGGACCCCAAGUGGACCAUCUCGCUCCCCUGUCCCCCGGGACGGGCGCCCGGGACGGGGCUCGCUCUCUUCCUGCUCACAGCCAUGAGUAAGUUGGGCAAGUUCUUCCACCGAGGCGGCUCCUCGAAGGGCCGCGCUGCUCCCAGCGCUCAGGAGGCCCUGGCCCGACUUCGUGAGACGGAGGAGAUGCUGGGCAAGAAACAGGAGUACCUGGAGAGCCGGAUCCAGGGAGAGCUCGCCCUGGCCAAAAAGCAUGGCACGCAGAACAAGCGAGCUGCACUGCAGGCACUAAAAAGGAAAAAGAGGUUUGAGAAGCAGCUCACUCAGAUUGAUGGGACCCUUUCCACCAUUGAGUUCCAGAGAGAAGCCCUGGAGAACUCGCACACCAACACUGAGGUGUUAAGGAACAUGGGUCUCGCAGCAAAAGCGAUGAAAGCCGUUCAUGAAAACAUGGAUCUGAACAAAAUUGAUGAUUUGAUGCAAGAGAUCACAGAACAACAGGAUAUUGCCCAAGAAAUCUCAGAAGCAUUUUCUCAACGGGUUGGAUUUGGUGAUGGCUUUGAUGAGGAUGAGCUGAUGGCAGAACUUGAAGAAUUGGAGCAAGAGGAAUUAAAUAAAAAGAUGACAAAUAUCCGGCUUCCAGCUGUGCCUUCCUCUUCUCUCCCAGCACAGCCAGAUAGAAAGCCAAGUGCACAUCGGUCUCACGCAGUGUCUUCCAGAAGGACAGAAGAAGAAGCUGAUUUCAAUGAACUGGCAGCUUGGGCUUCUUGUUAAACUAAAAUGGAAUUUUUGGACACAUAUUAAUGAAGUAUAUACAUAAGACAUAAGUAUUUUUUGCCAAGUUUGGAAGUUAAGAAAGACCUAGUUUUGUAUUUACACUUGAUGAGAUAUUGUUGUUUAAGCUUCAUAAUUCAAAAUUAAGAAGAGUCAUGCAUAGACAUAAAAUCAAAGACAGAAGGGCUUCUCAGUGUGUCUUAGAGGAUGCCUCCACAGAGAUGGUGUGGGAGCAGUGUAUGUCUACUUGGUCCCUACUGUAUUUUCAGUUUGGGCAUGCAAUUGAUACUUUCUAUGUGCUUGUUGGAAGAGAAUGUAAUUCUCCUGACAUGGCAGACAAACACAGUUUACAGUUGUUGUUUAAGGAUACAUUUAGGAAAGCUGGGGAAAAUUUCCUUAUUAUGCAACUGCAAGUUUCCUGUGCAUAUUCAGAUCAAUGAUAAAUAUAAAUAUGUUGUAUUUCUUUUAGGGGAGACUUUUUGCCCUGAGAUCUUGUAUAAGUCUAUACACAUAUAGUUGCACUUGAGUUUUGCAAUAUAAAACUUUAAAAGAGCUUUAAUUGACAUUUAUUAUGCCAAUUAGGCUUGGAAUGGGGCAAUAGAUGCAUUUUCCAAAAUGUCUGAGAGCACUAACAGCUUAGGCUGCUGAGCAAGGAUCUCCUGGGUGUAAUUUAGACACUUAGGGAUCUGCAUUAACACUUCCAGGCCAUUAUGAUGCUAUUAUGGCUUCAGUAUACUAAAUGUAGGAGUGCUUAUUCUUUUCUGUUUUGAGUUCUUUAGCAGUUUUUUUUACACACUUUACAGCAUAUACUUUGUAAAUACAUAAAACAUUGUCAUUUAAACAUAUACCUUGAAUAAUAUUUUGGCCAUAUUUAUUUUAAAAUCAAAAUAAAUAAUACAAUUAUACAUUACCUAUAGUAUAUCAUAGAGCAUAAAAUGGCAAAUACCAUUACAGAAAAUGCUUUACUAUUCUCUCUUUUUAUUUAGCAAUAUAAUGGAAUAGAAAGAAUGCUAGCUGUGAAGGUAAGAAGCCCUGGUUUCAGUCUCUGGUGUGCCCCAAGCGUGUGUGACAAACUUUCUGAGCUUCUGUUUCUUUAUUGGGAAAUUUAAGAACUGGACUCUGUGUUCCUUAGUAGUUUGGUUCCCAUCCUAGUUUUUUUUUUUUUCCCCCGGUACUGGGAAUCGAUCUCAUGACCUUACACUUGCCAGGCAGGCGCUGUGCCACUGAGCUAAAUCCCCAGCCCCUGGUUCCCAUCCUAAUUGUUUGACAAUCUUCCCACACUUCAGAACAUAAGAACCAAGUCUUCCUUAUUCCUUAAAUCAUAGUUAAAAUGUCUUUUGUUUUGAGAAAUUUUUCUUACUUUCCCAGACUAAAUUAGGUCUUCCUGUCACAUGUUUUCAUAGCUCUCUGCUCUCUCUUCUAUUACUUUUCAUGAUUUAUAUUACAUCUUUACUUGAUCACUUAAUUAUUGUUUUUCCCUGUUGGACUGUGGUAACCAUGAGGGCAGAAAUCGUGUAUCUUAUAGUUCAAUAAUCCAUGCCCGGCACACUGCACCAUUUCUCAUACACAGCAGGCAUUCAAUCAAUACUUAUUAAAUGAACAACAAUUGAGUUUUUAUAUCUUUUGGUACAAUAGCACAACAAGAACUAGAUUUACCUUCUGCCCUUAAACAACUAGAAAAACAGGCAGAGUAUAGAAAAGCACAGUUUUCUAACACUGGGAAAUGGUCAACGCUGGCAGUGAAUCCUAACAGAAGGGAAACCAGGAGACCCGGACAGGGCCUAUGGUCUUGAACUGUGGUCUGAAUGUUUGCCUCCCACCCUCAUUCACACAGUGUCAUCCUACCCUAAUCUCCAAGAUAAUGGUAGUAGGAGGUGUGGCCUUUUCAGAGAUGAGUGAGUCAUGAGGACAGAACCUCAGCGAUGGGGUGAGUGGUCUCAAAAUAGAGUCAACAGAACUUGUUUAAAACCUUUAGACAUGUGAGAACACAGGGAAAAGGCACUAUUUAUAAACCAGAGCAAGCCCUCAUCAGACUCCAUGUGUGCCAGUGCUUCAUCAUGGGCUUCUAGUAUCUUCUAGAGUCUAGUGCCUCGAGUACUAUGAGAUAUCAAUUUUUGUUUUAUAUAAGCUUCUAGGCUCUGGUGUUUCAUUAUGGCACUUCCUACAGAUUAAGACAGAAAGUGCACAAGCAGACUCUGGAGGUGAGGAGAGAGGUCCUGCAAGUUUUUGGCUGAAAAUUGAUUUCUGUAUUUUGUGAGGGAUCUCCUGAGGCUGAGAAGAACUGCUGGAAAGUUGUAGGCAGAUCAGUUCUCAGAGCUC